AUGCCCGGUAAAUCAAAGUCAUCCCACGGCGGCAGCAAGAGCCGCAGCAGCAAGAGCCACAGCGGCGGAAACAGCAGUAGCAACAAGGAAAGUCCGACCACGAAGAAGCAGCAGCACACCACCACUACCACUCAGCAGCAGCAGCAGAAUGAGCGACAGGUGCAGGAGAUGGCCGACCAGGAGAACCUGGUGGCGGACACGUACCGGGUGGGCCCGAAGCUGGGCGGCACCUUCGGCAUGGUGCGCGCCGGCCGGGACGUGCUCACCAACCAGGAGGUGGCCAUCAAAUUUGCGAAGGUGGACGCCAAGCAGCCGACCAACGCCGAGCAGCUGCUGCGCACGGAGAACACGGUGUACCGGCUGAUGAGCGGCAAGACCGGUUUCGCCGUGGUCCUCUUCUACGGCCGCUUCCGCGCGCACUUUCAGGUGCUGGUCAUGGAGCGCCUGGGCCCGAAUCUGCAGGCGGUCUUCGAGAAGUGCGGCCGUCGGUUCACCCUGAAGAGCCACAUCUACCUCGCCUUGCAGCUGCUGAAGCGCCUGGAGGAGCUGCACAAGGUGGGCUACCUCUUCCGCGAUCUGAAACCGUCCAACAUUACCCUGGGCCACAACAACAACGUCGUCUACCUGGUCGACUUUGGCUGCGCCAAGGCGUACAUGAUCGAGGAGGAGACGAAGGAAAAGAAGGGGAAAAAGGAGGGAGAAAAGAGUGAUGAUGGGAAGAAGAGUG